AUGAUGAUGGAUAGGAGAUUUAGCAGGGAUUCCUCAAGAGAAAGCAAAGGGUCUAUAACCCUGCAAAAGAAAAUUCUUGAGUCUCAGAGACCAAAACCAACCAAAAAUGUACCAGACCUCACAGAUUUCAUGAAUGACAUGUUCUUUGGGACCAUGGACAAUGACAAGAAAGCCUAUAACUUAACUGGAGGCCAUUUGGAAGACGAGGAAGAAAGUUUCGAUGACAGUACAAGGAGCAACAGCGGUAAGCUAACUCAGGAGUGGCUAGAAGAAGCUAGACGUAUGGUAGCAUCAUCUCCUCCAAGGUGUGAAUCCCCUUCUAGACUCGUUGGAUCACCGAGGUUUGCAGCUGUUUCUGGCAGACUGUCGUCAGCCUCAAUACUUGAUAGGAGGGAUCCACUCUCCAGGUCUGCUAGAAGGCACAGAUCAGUUGAAGGAUUCAGUGGAGAAAUACUAACCAAAUCAGAAAAACAUAGCCGUAAUAAAUCAGAAUCAUUAUUCGAAACUCAUGCAGAGCCAUCCCCAGCAUCGCAGGUCCAAAAGUGGUUCUCCAACAUCCUUAAACCACCCUCCAAUUCCAUUGCCCCGCCAGACCCCAGCAGCCCCCAACAAUCCAACGACCAUACGUCCCCAUUCUUGGAUCCACCAGCUCUGAAUCUGCCACCUCGGCAGUCAACAUACCGAAAGUCCCGGUUCCAAACGGAGCCCCCUGCAACCACCCUCCAAGGAAUUCCAGUCACUUCAAGUAGAACUUUCCAGGCAGCUCCAAUAUUACGACGAAACACUCAGUUGCUCUCUCCACCAAAGAAUCUCAUCGAGUCAGCUCACAGGAGAUCAAUAUCAUCAAACACAUGUUCCGAACAAGAGGCUCGAACACUGUCCCCACCAAAGAAUCUCGUGGAGUCGGCUCACAGGAGGUCUAUAUCAAAGUCUACUUGGUCCAAUGAGAAAGUUGCACUAAAGCCUAAUAUAAGUGCGUGGCAAAAGGAAGAAGAGGGAGAACAAGAUUUUAGUCUUAAUGGAUUCCUUAAAGAGCAAAAAAUCAAGAUUGGGAAGAUUUUAAAUAGGGAACUUGAUUGUACUAGUUCAAUGGUAGCAGCGAUAUGCUAUGCGUGGUUGUCGGCAAAUAGGCUGAUGAAGAAUAAAGGAGGAGGUUACCGCGACGAAUCUAUGGUGUUACCUGUGAUGAAUAUAAGGAGAGGCAGAAUGUGGAAGCAGAGACAAGCUGCGUGGUUAUUCCGCCAUGUUGGCCUCGAUGCUACCUCAUUACUCUUUGUUGAUGAGGUGGAUUUGGAGAGUUUGAUGAUGGAAGGGAAAUUAAACGUCCUUGUCGUUGGGCAAGAUAUCCUCAGAACUAACAGCGAGGUUGGAUCACAGUGCACUAUUCUGACCGAUAAUUAUUGCGAAGAUGCCUACGAUCUACUUCAAAUUCCAGUGCUGAAGAAGCUUUUGUUUCGUGUGCUACAGCUUGCAGGUAUCCUGUUAGAUACACUAAAUUUGAAUGCAUCGGCUACUAGUUAUACGACAAGAGAUGCAGAAGCAGUUCAGUUGCUACUAGUUGGCUCAGCCCCAAAUUAUCGGAAUGUCCUUUUUGAUCAAUUGAUGCAAGAUCAAAGAGACAGCUCCUUUAUUGAAGCAUUGAGGCACAACUAUGGAAAGUUCCCCAGUGAGGGUGGUCAUGAUAAUGGAGCACAAAUGGAUCAUAGAGGAAGAGAGAGGAAGUCAACCUCUGUCUCUCACCAUGAAGCCAUCCCAAAGAUUUCGGAUAAAAACUCUCUUAAUGUGAGAAAUGGAAAACUUGAGAAUACAACAAAAGCAGCCAUCCCAAAGAUUUCAGAUGAAAAUUCUAAUAAUGUGAGAAAUGGAAAACCUGACAAUACAACAAAAGCAGCUCCUGCGGCAGCACCGACGGUGGCAAAUCCUAAUGCCUCUCGCGGACAGAACAAGUUCUUCCUGGCAAAGUGGUUUGGUUUUGGUAAAUGA